AUUCGCGAAAGAUACUACAUCUAAGCCCUAGCUUAAACCCUAAAUGCGGAGCGCGUAGUCGCGAAUCGCGAUGUCUGGCGAUCUCCGGAAGUGGCUCUUGAAGCCGCAUCAAAAGAAGGCGGAAGAGCAGCAGCAGCAAUCGAGCGAUGCGAAAGUGCCGGCCAAGGGAAGAGCAGCCAAGAGCGACAAGCCAGCAGAGGCUGCCAAGGAAGAAAUCUCGCCAAAGGGCAAGAGAGGAAGAGGUAAAGCAAAGGAGAUUGUGAGCGAGGAACCAGCGCAAUCUACCAAGGAUGAGAAGAAGGACUCCCCUCCCAAGGGCCGUGGACGUGGUAGACCAAAGAGCGAUAGCGUGAGUGAGAAGCCAGCGCAAGCUGACGUAUCCAAGGAUGAUUCCGUGGCGGAAGUUUCUCCAAAAGGAGGCCGUGGACGAGGGAGAGGGAGGGGUGCUGCGGGUGAGAAGCCAGCCGGCGGUAGAGGCCGAGGAGGUGGUCGUGGAAACUUCAACUUUGGUGCUCGAGAGGCGCCUCCACACAAAGGAGAGAAGGAAGUUCCAGAGGGAGCCGAGAAUGCGUUGGCUGGUCUUACGUUUGUUAUCAGUGGAACACUGGACAGUCUCGAGCGCGAAGAAGCUGAAGAUCUGAUCAAGAGACAUGGUGGUCGAGUGACGUCUGCGGUCAGCAAGAAAACGAGUUUCUUACUUGCGGAUGAAGAUGUAGGGGGUCAAAAGUCCAAGAAGGCUCAUGACUUGGGAACUCCAUUUAUUACCGAGGAUGGCCUCUUUGACAAAAUUCGUGCGUCAAAACCAAAGGUUGAUUCGCCUUCGAAAGUACCUGCGAAGCGCCCAGCAGAAGGAACUAGUGCGCAACUGCACGUAGACAAGAAGCCGAAAGUGGAAGAGAAACAGCCGCCUCCAAAGAUCUCACCUUCAAAAGGAUUAGCAUCAGCGCCGCAGUCGAGUCGAGCUGGAGUGACUGAAGAAGAAACGUGGCCCUUUAAGCACAAACCAAAAACAAGUGCUGAUAUUAUCGCAAAUCAGUCCAUUGUAAAACAACUAAAAGACUGGCUCUCAGACUGGGAUAAAAACAACAACGCUCAGGCUGCAAGUGCCAAAGGUAAGAAGGCCGCCAGCAGCAGUGCUGCAAAGAAGGCUGUGCUUCUGUGCGGGCCACCUGGCAUUGGAAAAACUACAACUGCUAGGCUUCUAUGCGAAGAGCUGGGAUAUGAAGCUGUAGAGGUAAAUGCAAGUGAUAGUCGUGGUAAAGCAGAUUCUAAAAUAGUAAGAGGAAUAGGAGGCUCUACGUCCAACGCCGUGAAAGAAAUGGUUAGCAAUGCAUCUCUGGGAGGCUGGGCAGGAAACAAGCAAAAACAAUCGGUACUUAUUAUGGAUGAAGUUGACGGCAUGUCGGCGGGUGAUCGUGGUGGAGUAGCAGAUCUUAUUGCAAGUAUCAAGACCAGCAAAGUUCCGAUCAUCUGUAUCUGCAAUGAUCGCUACAGUCAAAAGCUGAAAAGCCUCGUCAACUAUUGUCUUUUAUUGUCGUACAGGAAACCCACUAAACAACAGAUGGCUAAAAGACUCCAAGAUAUAGCACGUUCAGAAAAGCUAAACAUUGAUACGAUAGCACUCGAGGAACUAUCAGAACGCACCCACGGGGAUAUGCGGCUCGCUCUGAAUCAGCUUCAAUACAUGAGCUUGCAUAAAAGUGUUUUGAAGUAUGAUGAUAUCAAACAGUACGCAGUGGCCAGUGGGAAAGACGAAGAUAUCAGCCCGUUUUCUGCGGUUGACAAAUUAAUGGGAUUUGAGGGAGGCAGGCUGAAAAUGGACGACAGAAUAGACCUGGCAAUGUCGGACAUGGAUUUGGUUCCACUUAUUAUACAGGAAAAUUAUCUAAAUUUUGUACCAUCUGGUGCUGGGCGAGACGCCAAUGGAACAGCUCGUAUGGAUCUUCUUGCUCAGGCGGCUACAAGUAUAGCGAGUGCUGACAUUCUAAAUGUUCAAAUUCGAAGGUUUCGGCAAUGGCAACUCUCUCGGUCAAGUGCUUUCAUGUCUUCUAUCAUUCCUGCUUCCCUUAUGCAUGGGAAAAGGGAAGUGCUUACUCAGGGGGAACGAAACUUCAAUAGAUUUGGGGGCUGGCUUGGUAAAAACUCCACGUUUGGCAAGAAAACCCGUUUGCUAGAAGAUGUUCACGCGCACGUGCUUUGCUCUCGUAUUGGCGAGCCUACUCGGAGGGACUUGCGGCUAGAUUAUUUCCCAGUUUUAAGUACGCAACUGACUCAACCAUUACGUACCAUGGACAAGAGCGAUGCAGUACGAGCUGUGAUUGAUGUCAUGGAGGAAUACUCGCUGACUCAAGGGGACAUGGACACGAUUCUGGAUAUCACUAAGUUUGAGGGGCGUCCUGACCCGUUGGAGGGAGUUCUUCCAGCAGUAAAAGCAGCACUUACAAGAGGAUUUACCCAAAGUAUUCAAUCCCGGCGUGUGAAAACCGCCGACCUCUUGCCUUCUGUAUUUCCGGGCCAGAAGAAAGUUUCGAAGAAGAAGGCUCGACUUGUCACACUGGAAGACGAUGCAGAGGGGGAUGAAGUACUCAAAGAAGAAGAGGAUGAAGACGAAGCUGACGAGGAAGUGGACGAAGUUGAGAACAAGGAAAGCGGCCUAGAUGCACUGAAGAUGGCAAAGGCGGGGUAUGAAGUUAAUGUUGUAGGCGAAAAUUCCAGUGGAGCUAAGCGUAAUGGUAGUGCUAGUAAAACUAAGCAGACCAGAGGAAAGGCUACCACUCCGAGUGCCUCGGCAAGCAAAGGCAAGGGGAGUGGUACUAAGCGCAAGAGAUAAGAGUUUUUUGUUUAUGCGAAUUUUAUUAUCGCUGUUCAUAGACAACAAAUAUUACUUUAAUGUUUUUAGGAUUUAUCAAUA